AUGACUAGAGAAACAUGGAUUUGGAACAGAGAAGCCUUGAUGAAAUACCUAUCGAACCUGAUGGACAACAUUCUCCUUCUCCAAUCUAGCACAACAGGCGCCGAGGAUGGCUACGCCUGGCUCCUUAACCCUUCACGAGAAUACUCCUCCAAAACUGGCUACCUAGCUUUGCACUUGGAGGAUGCUACGACCCAUCGAACUCCCAACAUUCCUGAUGACUUUAACUGGUUCAAAUCAGUGUGGAAUACUCAGUUACUUCAUAAGAUCCAAAUCUUUUUGUGGAAAGUUCUCCAAAAUGCAAUCCCCACAGGAGAGAACCUUCAGAAACGACGGGUCUUGACUAACACCACCUGCGUCAGAUGUGGAGUUCAAGAAACAACGCUCCACCUGUUCUUCCAUUGUGAGUUCACGAAACAGGUGUGGAAUUUUGCUCCUUGGUCUUCACGAUUUGAUGCUGAUGAAGCUACCUCUUUCGGCUCGGAACUACAGCCUUCAUGCCACCGCAUUAAUCUACCACCAUCGGGGAUCUCUAUCAAUCUUUUCCCUUGCAUCAUAUGGGCAAUAUGGACCUCCAGGAACCUUCUGAUCUUCCAGAACAGAUCUCUCAACCCGAUCUCUACUAUAUCCAAAGCAAUCGUAGCAUCCAGAGAAUGGAGCUUAGCGCAGACCCUAUCACCUCCAUCUAUGACAAGAUCUCUCCCACCGACAGUCCAACCAACGAGCACUCUUUCCACAACGAUCUUAUGCUACACCGAUGCCUCUUGGAUUGCGAGCACAAAACAUGCAGGAAUCGCCUGGAUCUUCACCGAUCCCACAAAGAAGGAACUCAAUCGAGGGUCUUUGUUCAAAGACCACAUCUCUUCACCGCUUCUAGCUGAGAGCUUGGCGAUUAGAGCUUCGAUGCUCUACGCCUCUUCUUUCGGAUUCACCAACAUCUGGAUACACUCAGAUUCUCAAGAGCUCGUUCGAGCAAUCAAUGAGAAACGACGAUCGACGGAGCUCUUCGGGAUUUGGUCGAACAUUGAAUCCUUGUCUCUAUCCUUUUCUUUCUGA